GACAGAACAUCGCAGUUGUACCGGUUUGGGAGCAAAAUAUGGAAUGUGUUUCACUGCUGACCGAAGGCAGCCAAAUGAACAGUAUUUAUAGUAGUUUGAAAAUCAGCAGUUAGCAGUUUCUUCACAUUCUAACACUACCCAGCACUUUCCAGAGAGAACUCAUUGUUUACAAGAAAUCUGCUUUCCAAAUCCGUUGCGGUGCCCUCCAGCCUUGACUAUUAACUAUUUGCAAAGGGGAAGCUAAUCUACGGUUUGGGGAAAGAUGGCAAUGGAUGAGUACCUGUGGAUGGUCAUUGUGGGUUUUAUCAUUGCUUUUAUUUUAGCCUUUUCAGUUGGUGCAAAUGAUGUUGCCAAUUCUUUCGGAACAGCUGUGGGCUCUGGUGUCGUUACUUUACGCCAGGCUUGCAUUUUGGCUUCAGUUUUUGAAACCACUGGCUCAGUAUUACUGGGAGCAAAAGUAGGAGAAACAAUUCGGAAAGGUAUCAUUGAUGUUAACCUGUACAACAACACUGUCCCGCUGCUGAUGGCAGGAGAAGUGAGUGCAAUGGUUGGUUCUGCUGUUUGGCAGCUGAUUGCAUCGUUCUUGAAACUCCCAAUAUCGGGUACCCAUUGCAUCGUAGGUGCUACGAUUGGAUUUUCCCUGGUGGCAAUUGGCACGCAGGGAGUCCAGUGGAUGCAGCUUGUCAAGAUUGUUGCCUCUUGGUUUAUUUCCCCACUGUUGUCUGGCUUGAUGUCUGGAGUCCUCUUUGUGCUGAUUAGAUUCUUCAUUUUAAACAAGGAAGACCCGGUGCCCAACGGUCUCCGUGCACUUCCAGUGUUUUAUGCUGCUACAAUAGCUAUUAAUGUGUUUUCCAUCAUGUACACGGGGGCACCAGUACUGGGACUGGUACUACCAAUGUGGGCCAUUGCUCUAAUAUCAGUCGGCGUAUCCUUAGUGUUUGCCAUCUUAGUCUGGAUUUUUGUGUGCCCCUGGAUGAAGAGAAAAAUAGAAAGCCGGUUAAAGAAAGAUGCUGCACUGUCAAGGAUAUCAGAUGAAAGUCUUGAUAAAAUUCAAGAUGAAGAAACACCAGUCUUUAAAGAGCUUCCCGGUGCCAAAGCAUCUGACGAGAGCACUAUUCCCCUUACUGGCUCAGUAACAGAAGCUGCUGGGGCAUCAGAUACUAUUGCAAAUGGAAACCAUCCGCGUGUACCCUAUGGAAGGGCAUUUUCAAUGACGCACACCUCAGUGAAAUCACCUGUUUCCAAUGGCACCUUCAGCUUUGAUGGCCAGAUGAGGAGCGACGGCCACGUUUACCACACUGUGCACAAGGACUCAGGUUUAUACAAAGACUUGCUCCACAAAAUACACCUGGACAGGGCCACUGAUGAGAGGCCCGCUCAAGAAAACAACUACAAACUGUUACGACGCAACAACAGUUAUACUUGUUAUACAGCUGCUAUUUGUGGCAUGCCCGUGCAUUCCUCCUUUAAGGCAGCGGAUACGUCAACUCCAGAGGACAGUGAGAAGUUAGUGGGAGACACUGUUUCCUACUCCAAGAAGCGGGUUCGCUAUGACAGCUAUUCCAGCUAUUGCAACGCAGUGGCCGAGGCAGAGAUCGAAGCAGAGGAAGGUGGAGUGGAAAUGAAGUUGGCCUCUGAACUUGCAGAUCCUAACCGUCCCCCAGUUGAUCCCGUGGAAGAGGAUAAGGAAGAGAAAGACAAGUCUCAGGUCCAUCUACUUUUCCACUUCCUCCAGAUCUUAACAGCCUGCUUUGGAUCCUUUGCCCAUGGAGGUAAUGAUGUCAGCAAUGCAAUCGGUCCCCUCGUCGCGCUCUGGCUUAUCUACGAGCAAGGUGGUGUAAUGCAAGAAGCGUCGACUCCCAUCUGGCUGCUGUUUUAUGGAGGUGUUGGGAUCUGUGUGGGUCUCUGGGUCUGGGGUAGAAGAGUUAUCCAGACCAUGGGUAAAGACCUCACUCCAAUCACACCAUCAAGUGGAUUCACUAUUGAGUUGGCUUCGGCGUUCACAGUUGUGGUAGCUUCCAAUGUUGGACUUCCUGUCAGUACUACACACUGCAAGGUCGGCUCCGUGGUGGCCGUCGGCUGGAUCCGCUCCAAGAAAGCCGUGGACUGGCGCCUUUUCCGCAACAUCUUCCUGGCGUGGUUUGUGACUGUGCCAGUGGCCGGCUUGUUCAGUGCCGGGGUGAUGGCGCUGCUGAUGUACGGGAUCCUGCCUUACAUCUGAAGAGCCUCCUCCGCUGGGAAAAGGGGAAACGGCCAAGCUACUACCGAGGGGAGAAGCGUUCCCGUGAAAGAACCGGUCGGAGAGGAUCCAUCUUCCAUAUCUAACUUCUUAUCUACUGUACAUAACAAUGUGUCAUAUUGGUGACAUGGUGAUGUGGUGCCAUUUCUUAUAUAUUAAAGAAAUAUAUAUGCAUAUAGUAGGUAACAAUACCUAAGUUAUAUUAUCAGUGGGGUGAAAAUAAUUGCCUAGAAUUUAAUAUUUAGUAAAAAUUUGUACAUAGUGUAUCAUUUUGGUGGCAAUUUUUUAAUCUUUUGAAGAAGAGUAUGGAUUAGGAAAUGUUUCUCGUCCAUUUGAUAUAAGAAGAAGCGAGGUACAGGACUGCGUAACACAUGAAUUUUUUUUUAAAGCUAUUAAGAUACUGGAACAAAAUAAAAUGUGCAGAAGUGCUUUUCAUAAAAUAACUUUGUUCAUAUCAUAUUGAUCUUUGUGUACCAUAGCGUGAUGGUUAUGGCUGUGUAAAUACUUACAAACAGUAACUUUUAAAUGGUGCAUUUCCCUUAUAUAUUUUGGAUAAGAAAGUUUAGGAAGUACCAAAGAAGCAGGGGAAUAGCUUGCCGAUAUUAUGUUGUUGUCUACACGUGUGGGCGUGUGUUGUGUUUCCCCACCUCUAAUUCAACGUUGUUUUCACCAAGCUCCCGCCAGCGAGGCUGGGAUAGUACUGCUCAUGUCUUAACGUAUCUUUAAAAAAAAGAAAAAAAAGCGCACACACAAAAGUUAGUUCUUGCUGCUUAGUAGGCAGACCACGGCUCUCCAUAUUAGCUGGUAGUAGACCGACUUCAUUUUGUGGGUUGAAUUUGAAGUCUCUCACUGCUCACCUUCUACCUUUCCCAAGUCCCAGCUCCCGGUUGCCCUGCUAUCAAUUCCCGUGGGAGAACAGACCGUCAGGCUCCCCUUUUUCUCUCCAUCCAGCCAUGACCACACACUCUCAGGUACAGGAGCGGGACCGCGG